GAUCUGACAGACUUCAAGAGAGGGUAAAAUACUAAUAGAGAGGCAAAUGAGGGAUGGAGGAAACAUUGAGGGAGAGAGGAAAAGAGAGAGAGCCACCUGUUAAAGACGGAGGGAGGCUUUAUCUACCCUGAAGCUGCAGGAGCUUGAGGCAGAGAGGAAAAGAGAGUGAGUCCACCUGUUAAAGACGGAGGGAGGCUUUAUCUACCCUGAAGCUGCAGGAGCGGGGCUCACCACUUAUCCAAUAGACUGAGAGCUCUGAAAGCUGAAACACCCUUGCCCUCUGAACUCCGCCCUUUCACCCCUCUCUGGAUUGGGGUGUGUGUGAGGUGAGGUCAUGAUUGCAGCACGCAGCAGUGGAGGAGGGGUGGGAGGGCCGGGAGGUCAAAAUGGUCCCCCAGGACACAGAAAACCCUCUGUAGCGUCACUGAGUGGGAGCAAAGGCCGCUGUAACGCUCAGGACGGCAGUAAGGAUAGACGCAGUUCCACCCCAGGCCAGCAGGCUGCAGCACCACACAGAAGCAAGGCAGCACUGAUUAGAGAGAUGGAGACACACUGGUACCUGAAGAUGUGUGGACUUGGAAGGGAGGAUUCUGUGGCUCAAAAGACAGGCAUGCUGUAUAGGAACCUGGGGAAAUCAGGACUUAGAGUGUCAUGCUUGGGACUGGGUACGUGGGUAACGUUUGGUGGUCAGAUUACAGAUGAGGUGGCCGAGCAGCUGAUGACCAUAGCGUAUGAGAGUGGAGUCAACCUGUUUGACACGGCGGAGGUUUACGCUGCUGGAAAAGCUGAAGUCAUAUUGGGUAACAUCAUCAAGAAGAAGUGCUGGAGACGAUCAAGUUUGGUCAUCACUACCAAGCUGUACUGGGGAGGAAAAGCAGAGACUGAGAGAGGCCUUUCAAGGAAACACAUUAUUGAAGGUCUGAAGGGCUCCCUCCAGAGGUUGCAGCUGGAAUACGUAGAUGUGGUCUUCGCAAACCGCCCUGACACCAACACACCCAUGGAGGAGAUCGUGAGAGCCAUGACGUAUGUGAUCAACCAGGGGAUGUCCAUGUACUGGGGGACAUCUCGAUGGACAGCCAUGGAGAUCAUGGAGGCAUACUCUGUGGCCAGACAGUUUAACCUGAUCCCUCCGGUGUGUGAGCAGGCUGAGUACCAUCUCUUCCAGAGGGAGAAGGUGGAGGUCCAGCUGCCAGAACUCUACCACAAGAUAGGUGUUGGGGCGAUGACGUGGUCUCCGCUGGCCUGUGGCAUCAUCACGGGGAAGUACCAGAACGGCAUCCCAGAAACCUCCAGGGCAUCCAUGAAGUCGUAUCAGUGGUUAAAGGAGAAGAUCGUGAGUGAGGACGGGAGGAAACAGCAGGCUAAGCUGAAGGAGCUGGGACACAUCGCUGAGAAACUGGGCUGUACUCUCCCUCAGCUGGCCGUGGCCUGGUGUUUGAGGAACGAGGGGGUGAGCUCAGUCCUCCUGGGAUCCUCCAGUCCAGAUCAGCUAACAGAGAACCUGGGUGCCAUACAGCCAUAGAGGAUACUCCUGCCUGUCAAUUGAACCUGCAUCGUUGAUUGCUGAUGUGAAUCUGGGAUAGCACGAGCAACUCUGUGACACGACCUCCCACCAGACCAACGUUACCUGCCAGUGUUGCUUGUUUCAGUGAUAAUGCGAAAGAUAGGUGAAGUAUUUCGAGAAAUGUAAAGGCAUAUAUUUAUUCUAUAAUAGUACGUGAAAAUAUGUUUCUUCUGUGUUGAAAUAUUUUGUCUUUCAGGGGUGUAUAUAUUAAACUUUAAGGGGCAAACCUUGUAACAUAAGCAGAACAGACCUCAAGCCCCCUAUCUUGCAGAUGAAAAUAAAGUAUUCUAUAAAUAAUCUGUAAGUAUUGUGUAAAUAGUGUUCCACUGUUUCUCCUCUGUCAGCAGCACCAUGCAUCCAUGGCUGUGUUUGGGCCUGAUACAAGUCCUCCUCUGCUCCUGGGUUUACCCAUUUGGCUAGGCUACUUUUCUUUAAAAUAGACACAAGGUGGAUUUAACAUUUUAUAAAUAACUCAUUAUGGGAGGAAUGAACAAUGGAUUUUUCCAAGCCUGCAGAUAGUUGAUGGCUUGCUUGGCAGAUGGUUAAGCCCUACCACAGGAGGUUGCUGGCACCUGACUGGUUCAAAUACCUGAGCCGUCAAGGUGAAACAUCUGUCGAUGUGCCCUUGAGCAAGGCACUUAACCCUAAUUUGCUGGGGGGGACGGACGGCUCAUAGUAAUGGCUGGAACGGCAUUAUUGGAAUGGUAUCGAACUCAAUGUGUUUGAUUUCACUCUAUUCCAGCCAUUAUUAUGAACCGUCCUCCCCUCAGCAGCCUCCUGUGACACUGUCCUACAGAUUCUGUUUAACCUGGUCAUCAUCAAUAUUCAGUGUUAAGUUUAUGAUAAUGUCCAGCCUUCUUGCUUUCAGAUGGUUGCUGUAUAUGAUGGUUUGCUUACACUUUGGACUGGAAUCAAUCCGUACCACAGAAGAUCCGUGUUAUAGCUCAAUUUAAAUUUAAAGGCAAUGUUACUGCGUUCGCAGAGACUGCAUUUGUCAGCGCAAUCAAAAAUUACCUUUACAUUUUUACACGGAUCUUCCCCGAUACUGGAUAUGGAUUGAAUCCAGCCCUCACAGAGAGCAAUAGUUAAUGAUAGAUGUUGGCUAGAUUCCAAUCUGAUGACUCUCCUAUACCCAGGAAGGUGGCCAGUGAUCAGAUUUGGACCAGGCCUUUCAGUGUGUAGCGAUCCACCCUGCAGCGUGCCUUGACAUGAGCCCUGCUAACAGGACACAGGUGCCCAGCCCCAAAUUGACCCCUUCACCCCCAUCCACUUAAUGAAAGUAUUUGCUAGGUAUUGACAAUGUUAUAACAGCUCAGAUCUACUCAAGCGCAGAGUAAAAGCUAGGUGUGGGUUUGAGAUUUCUUGAGUUAUCUGUGUGUGUCAAUGGUCUGGUCCCAUUCCCUUGACCCUAUCACCUAAGCGUUCACAGCUCUGAAAGGAGCCGAAAGGUCGGUGUGAUCUGUGGACAUAUAAGGGGCUAGGGCAAGAUGCUAGUGGAUUAAAUGGAACUAGGCCUACAGGAAUAUGUCACCUGAACUCCCCCAGUUCUACUGACAAUAUAAACUAUUGUAUUAAAAGAUAAAGACCGUUAUGUUUUCUACAGUAUGUAAAGAUACCAGACCAUUAUAAAAGUGUUUUCUACAGUAUGUGAAGUUAUCAGGAGAGAGAACUAUAUUACUGACAUAAACAUCAGUCUAUCUAUCCACAUCACUAAUCGAUUUCCUAUCGUGUCAUGAGAACAGUGACCUCUCUGUAAAUAGCAUAUAUCAAUUAAUAUGACGCUUCGUUAAUAAAUGCAUAACGCCAA